AUGAUUGCGGUAUUGAUAUCGAAGUCAAGUCAGUCGGGAGAGAGAUUGAGAGGAAGAAGUUGUGCUGCAUCUGACGUCGCCAUAUUUAUCGAUACCCCUCCCCCUCCAUCAAGCGGAAGUCUAGAAGUGCAGUGCCAAUGCCUCCUACAUCCCCUCCCGCUCAGACGGAGAUACUGUAAGCGCUUUCUUGGGAUUGGGCCGAUAACAUGUACGCAACGUAGGAUAUGCAAACUCAGUCGUCGCGUUGCUGUGUCUCCAGCACAGUCAGAUGAAAUGCUCAUCAAAAAUGGCCGGCCUGACUUGGUUCUUGUCACUGCUGUAGUAGCGAUUGCUGCGUAUUUGGUUCGGAUUACCAAUUCAAAUCGCGCCGUCAACCAGGUUGUUGAAAAAGGCGAUGCUCGGAGCAAGCAAAGUUGGACGCUGGUUGAAGACGACCAGGCGUAUUCAUGCAUCUGGUCAUCAUAUGCAGUUUCGGGCAUGCCCGCAUGA